GCCAUUACCCACUCUUAAGUAUAUAUUUUAAACUUAAGAGAAAUCUUAAGUUGAUAAAAAUGGCUGCCUUAUUUAUUUUCGACAUUGUAAACAGAAGAGCUUUGAGAAGGGAUCGCGUUUUUCGUGACAGAACCGACGAUCUUGAUUUUCUUAAUGAUGACCAGCUAAUAGCACGGUAUCGUUUUCCCAGGCAGUCUAUUUUAGACUUAACAGAUACACUCAGAGAUGCCAUUGAAAGACCUUCAAACAGAUCAAAGGCAAUCCCACCGCAUAUUCAAGUCAUGACAACAUUGAGAAUAUUAGCAAAGGGCGACUAUUUGUCCGAAGUUGCCGAUUUGCAUGGUAUCUCCAUUGCCUCUGCAUCAAGAAUAGUCCAUUCUGUUUGCAAUGCUAUGUGUGAUAGAAUCCAGAACAUCCAGUUCCCAAGAAUGGAAGAAGAACAGAGGAAGAUAAAACAGAGAUUCUUUGAAAUAAGCAGUUUCCCAAAUGUGUUGGGUGCCAUUGAUGGAACGCUUAUUCCUAUCCAAGGGAUGUCAGGAGAUGAUGAGCCAAAUUAUGUUUGCAGGAAACAAUACCACGCCAUAAAUGUACAGGCCAUCUGUGAUGCAGAUUUGAAGUUUACAAACAUAGUUGUUAAGUGGCCUGGAGCCACCCAUGAUGCCUUCAUUCUGGCCAAUUCCAAUAUUCCUACAAUAAUGGAGGGUCAGAAUGGAUGGCUUCUUGGGGAUUCAGGAUAUGGAUUAAAGAAAUGGCUAAUGACACCCUUAUUAAAUCCAAAUUCACAGAAAGAAAUAGCCUACAACAAAUCUCAUUGCAAGACCAGGAAUACGGUAGAGAGGGCAUUUGGUGUUCUUAAAGCUCGCUUCAGAUGUCUACAUAAAACCGGUGGGUCACUCCAAUUCAACCCUCCUAAGUGUUGUAAGUUGAUUGGGGCUUGUUUUAGACUACACAACAAGGCAUGUAGUGAUGGUCUGCCAGUGCCUGAGGAUGAGGAUAUCCAAGAGUUAGGACAUCAUAACAUUAUAAAUGAUGACCAACCAAAUAAUGAGGCAAAUGCUAUAAGGAGAAGAUUAAUACAGAGAUUUUGA